CUCCAGGAUGCCGUCACAACUCAACUAACCGUUACUCUGAGGGUGAUGUCAUCAGCGUUGACGAUGCCGAUACAACCACGAGGAUUUGUAUAUAUAUCCCAAUAGCACGCGUCCUAUAUCAAACAAACUGAAGAAUAACUCCUAUAUCAAACAAACUGAGAAUAACCAAUAAUCACCAAAUCAACAUCAGCCACAACAACUCUAAGUCAAGCCACAAUCAUACUACCCUAUCAAUCCACCACGAUGCUUAGAUCAUCCCGCCACCCCGUCACGGCCACUAGUCGCCGUCCCCGCAGCCUCCGGGGUCUCUUCGGCACCCGUCAUCGUGCGGCACCUCGGGCCACAGUAACUACCACACGUCCCCAGCGUCGAGGCGGUCUCUUCCACAGGACACGGCCCCAUCACCACCACACCACUGCUGCACCCAUGACAGUCACUCAUCACCACCAGAAACGCCGCACCUCCAUCGGUGACAAGAUCAGCGGUGCACUGCUCAGGCUGAAGGGCACCAUCACCGGACGACCUGGCGUGAAAGCUGCUGGGACAAGACGAAUGCACGGGACUGACGGCCGGGGAGCCCGGCGGAGGCGGUUUCUCUGAAUUCCCUAGAGGACAUGAGAUAUCGCACGCACGGUUUCCUUUCCCCAAGUCAGUCGACCAGCAUUGAGACUGUUACGAAGAGGAUGUCGGGGACAUGAUUGUUCUUGGUUAUCAUAGAGGCGCGGGCGCGGCACUUGGAUUCCCUUUGCCUUUACUACUUACUACUACACAGGUGUAUGCGAGAUACCCCAGAGCACCACAAUGAACAAAGAGAAUGUUGUGCCAUCUUGUCAAUCCAUGAAGAUAAGCCAAGUAGGAAGUAAAACACUGCAAGAAUGCUGCCGCUGCUUCCA